AUGGCCGUUGGUCAUUUACGAUCCCAUUUAACCUAUUUUUACUCAGUUUAUGCCUUGGCAAUUGCUUCCGGCCUGCUGGCGCUGCAUGUGGCGGCCACCACCGGUCCUUGCACGCAGCAGCUGUUGGACACCGGCACGUCCUCCAACCUGGCUGCCAACAUUGACCCCGAUAGCCCAGCCACAGCCUGCAGCAUGGCGGUCUGCACCUCGACUGAGCUGGGUGGAUGUGCCUCUGCAGCCAAGGAGAACCUCAUCCUGGUCAUGUCUGACGAGUUCAACAAGGACGGCAGGGGCCUCGCGGUGUAUCAGAACGACCCCCUGUGGACUGCAGAGAAUCUCUAUUACCAACCGACAUCUGACAUGGAGGUGUACACUGCUCAGCAGGUCGCCACUGGAGGCGGGUCGCUGGAGAUCACCAUCAACAAGGGGGUGGGUCAGGGCAUCUCCCAGGCGCCGGACGGCAGUUCCACAUCUGUGGCCAUGCCCUUUGUCUCAGGCAUGGUCAGCUCCUGGAACAAGUUCUGCUUCACAGGCGGGUACCUGGAGGUGUCGGCAGUCAUGCCCGGCGACGACUUCUAUUCCGGCUUCUGGCCAGCUACCUGGAUGAUGGGCAACCUCGGCCGGGCAGGGUACAUGGCCAGUACUGGCGGCAUGUGGCCGUACUCGUACGACGUCUGCGACGCGGCGGCUGGCAAGGUGGACUGGAGCUCGCUGCCGGGCCAGCGCUUCUCGGCCUGCCCCGACACGGCCGGGAAUAACCAGACUCGUUAUGGCUGGCCGGCCGGCGUGGGCCGCGGCGCCCCUGAGGUGGACCUCUUUGAGAUGAGCGUGCCCAGCAGUGUAAAUGGGCUCAAGGGCACGCCCACGGCCCACGACAGCGACUACAGCCUGCCGUAUGUCAGCCAGACGCUGCAGAUGGCGCCCCUGCAGCCGCCCGGCACCGCCUUCAUGGCUUCGGGUGUCAACUAUCCGGGGGCGAGCUCCGACUUUGACACCCAGAAGAGCUCCUGGUCUGGCAUCUAUGGCCGCCCGGGGAACACAUACCAGGACAGCUUCUCGGCGGUGUCCAGCAUUAACACCUCCUUCUUCAGCGAGUAUCACAACUUUGGGCUGUUCUGGCAGCCGGGUGAGGUCCUGCGCUGGUACAUCGAUGGCCAGAUCACUUUCGAGAUCACCGCGGCUGCUCUGACCGCGGUGUCAAACUCGAGUGGGGCGGAGGUGGGACAGCGCCAGAUCCCCCUGGAGGCCAUGUACAUCAUCAUGAAUCUGGGGAUGAGUAAUGACUUCACACCGGUAGACCUGUACAGGCUCUCCUUCCCAGCCACCAUGAAGGUGGACUACAUCAGGCUGUACCAGGACCCCACCGCCAUCAACGUGGGGUGCUCGCCCACGGCAUACCCCACCCAGCAGUACCUGGCGUGCAACAAGGACCUGUACAUAGUGCUCAAGGAGGACCGGGGCAGGAUACCCGGCGGAUGCACGAGUGGGGCGCUGGCCAGUCAGCCGGCCCUGAGCAUCGGCCUGCUGGCUGUGCUGCUCCUCUGCCUGGCAUGA